AAAAAAAUGGGAAAUUUAACACCUUAACUUUACAUAACCAUUCACUUCACCCCCUCAGCUGGUUUUGCUGGGUGGAUCAUGUGACAUGCGGGGCCCACUAAUUAGUGAGAUGUUCUUGUCUCCUCUCUUCUUCUUCUCCGAUCCCCCUUCCCUCCCAGUCUCCCACCGGUCCUCUUUCGCCGCUGCCGAUAUGCACCUCCGCCGGCUAGCCGGCCCCUCCCCUCCCAUCGGUCCUCUUCCUCCUCUGCUUUGCUGCCGCCAACAUCCGAUGGUGGAACCCCACCGCGUCGGACCGGCGGCGGGACCCCGACCUGAACACGGAGGACGACCUUGACCCCGCCGCCGCUGGACUUGGAGCAUGAGCCCGCUUUGUCGCUGGCGUGGGUGGGGAGCCCACUUCGUCGCAGCGGUGGUGGCCAUAGACUGUCCUUCCGCUGUUGCGGUGGCGGCCGCGCAGGCACGAAGGACGAGGGCGAUGCGGGAGGCGCUUGGACGCGCCGGGGAGGAUGAGGGGGAGAAGAAGCAGGCGGCGACGCUCGAGGCGUGGCUAGGCGAGCUCGAGGCCGACGCCACCACGCUCGUCGUCGGGGAGCACGGGGUAGAAUACAACUCAGGAUGGGUACUGAUCAGAAGGGAACAUGCCCGCGUUACACCAAAAAUGGAUACUAAAUUGCUGCUAUGCUUUUGCAUGUUACUCUUUACAUGCAAUGCAAGGAAGGUGCAAAAGCCAAUACUGGCAGAGUUGCUGCGUGCUCUGGGUGGCGUGAAAGCUUCAGCGUCACUUUUAGGGGUCCCUCUUGGUCACAACUCAUCCUUUCUACAAGGCCCUGCAUUUGCUCCUCCCCGCAUAAGGGAGGCCAUUUGGUGUGGAAGCACAAACUCUAGCACAGAAGAAGGCAAAGAAUUGAAUGAUCCUCGGGUGCUAACUGAUGUUGGUGAUGUCCCCAUUCAAGAGAUCCGUGACUGUGGUGUCGAAGAUGACAGAUUGAUGCAUGUAAUUAGUGAGUCUGUCAAAGCAGUGAUGGAGGAGGAGCCUCUUCGACCAUUGGUGUUAGGAGGCGAUCACUCUAUAUCCUAUCCAGUGGUUAGAGCUGUGUCUGAAAAGCUUGGAGGACCUGUUGACAUUCUUCAUCUUGACGCACAUCCAGAUAUCUAUGAUUGUUUUGAAGGAAACAAUUAUUCACAUGCCUCUUCAUUUGCCAGAAUAAUGGAAGGUGGUUAUGCCAGGAGACUUCUACAGGUUGGAUUAAGAUCGAUUACGAAAGAAGGACGUGACCAAGGGAAGAGAUUUGGCGUGGAACAGUAUGAGAUGCGGACCUUCUCAAAGGAUCAGGAGAAGCUUGAGAAUCUGAAACUUGGGGAAGGCGUAAAAGGAGUGUAUGUCUCAGUUGAUGUGGACUGCCUUGACCCGGCGUUUGCUCCCGGUGUCUCCCACAUUGAGCCCGGGGGCCUCUCAUUUCGCGACGUGCUCAACAUCCUCCAGAAUCUGCAGGGCGAUGUUGUUGCUGCUGAUGUGGUGGAGUUCAACCCGCAGCGCGAUACGGUGGACGGGAUGACAGCUAUGGUUGCCGCGAAGCUGGUUCGGGAGCUCACUGCCAAGAUCUCCAAGUGAACCAGUGAGGAUCGCACCAUCUUGACACAGAAAGUGGAUUGUUUCCAGGCAUGCUGGCUAUCGGUCUUCAUUCCUGUGGAUGAGGCAUGGCGGAUUUGAUAUGUGACAAGGAUAUGUUAAUUAGGUUGCAGUAAUAUUGGAAAGCUUCCUCCAUCUGAAAAAAUAAUUCAAAAAUUUCUCUCAAUGUAGCAUGCGCUAGAUUCUUGGUGGUGUGCUAUGCUCAUGCAUAUACUAGACCAGAUGCUCUAAUAGUCAGUAAUUUUCUUAAUAUUUGGAUUGAUAGCCAGCGGGGAGUA